UUCCCACAAUAAUUUUGUACCACUAUAAAUAUACAAGCAUGCACAUAAGGUUUCUCACUUCAAAAACCCAUGUGCAUGCAUAUACGCAUUAUCAUUCAAUUUCUUUUAAAAAAAAAUCCAUUAUCUCCAAGAACAUGAAUCCAUCAACAAUGAAACAAACACAAAUCAUUGAAGAGGAAGAACUUAAAGAGCUAAAAAAAAGUCUCCCAAAAACAUCUUUCAUGGGUUGUGAACAAAUUCAACUAUUAAAGUAUGAGAAUUUCUGGUGUGGUGAAAUGUAUAUCCAAAACAUUCUCAUGUUACAAAGAAACUUUAUUGCUCAAGACACCGAUCUCCUCAUUGCUAGCCUCCCUAAAACCGGCACCACUUGGUUAAAAUCUUUACUCUUUUCUGUUGUCAACCGCAUGAAAUACUCUAUGAAUAAUAAAACCCCAUUGUUAAACAAUCAUCCACAUGAUCUUGUUCAUAGCCUUGAGCCUCUCUAUGGUGAGGCUUUUGAGUACCCUCGCCCUCAUCAUCUUGAUCAACUUCCUUCACCAAGACUUUUUAGCACCCAUUUGUCAUACACAUCCCUUCCUCAAUCUAUCAAAACUUCUGAGUGUCGGAUUUUGUACAUUUGUCGAAAUCCCUUAGACAUGCUUGUGUCUUUGUAUUACUUCUCCAUUGACUUCAUGAAGAAGCAACUAGGAGAAGAAUUCAAACCACCUUCUAUGGAGUAUUUCUUUGAGGAUUUCUGUCAAGGGAAACACCCCUGUGGGCCUUUCUUUGAACAAGCUGUUGAAUAUUGGAAGGUUAGCUUAGAAAAGCCUAACAAGGUGUUAUUUCUUAAGUACGAAGAUUUGAAGGAUGAUCCAUCAUUGUACUUGAAAAAGUUGGCUGAAUUUAUAGGUAAGCCAUUUUCUAUAAAGGAAGAGAGUGAAGGUGUUGUACAAGAGAUGAUAGAGCUUUGUAGCAUUAAGACUAUGAAAGGGUUGGAGGCUAAUAGUGGUGGCGAGGCUAUUAACCGGUUUUAUGGUAAGAAUAGCUUCUUUAGGAAGGGAGAAGUUGGGGAUUGGACUAAUCAUUUCACACCUACCAUGCUGGAAAAGAUGAACAAAUUGAUGGAACAAAAACUCAAGGGCACUGGUUUGUCUUUUAAAUUACUUCCCUCGUAAACUGUUACCAAGUGCAUUGGUUUUCCCGAGUCUACACUGGAUAUAAGACGAUAUAAAAUGUCCGGUCUACACGUAAUUUUCUACAAACACGGCCAUUGAUGAGAUUUAUACUUGGUGGUAGUUGUUGUACGUUGUUGUUUUUAUUUUUAUUGUUAUUGUUAUCAUUUUUGUGUGUUUGUUUUUUCCCUUUCAUAAGCUUUCCCACAAUUUAUCAUUAUAUUCUCAUUGUUUUCACAAAUAUGUAAUCGAGAUUUGAUUUGAUUCUCCAUGAAUCUCGCUUUUAUAUAAUUUAAUAAACCACGGAGUACAAUUUAUCUCAAAAUUAUGUAUUUCCAUGUUUAUUUGAUAUUAUUGUCUUAGGCAACUCUAAGUUAGCUGUUAUUGU